CUCGCAGCGCAGCACACGGAGAGGACAGCAAAAGCGAGAGGAGCGGUCGCUACGACUGGGACAUCGCAGCCCCCGCGACGCCUCUGCGACGUAGCGCUGCUGCCUCAAAAGCGUCGGCCUCAGGGAGCCGGGGCAGCCAACCCAGCCCCCACAACCAAGCUCCUCCACCCGGCACGCCGCCGCCGCGACAGUAAGCCAUGGAGCGCCGCGAGUGGCGCUUCUCCGACGAGUCCGCGGCGGGGCGCCGCCAGGUCAUGUCCCACGAGGAGUGGAUGGAACAAAGUUCUGUCACGGCGACGAGUAGGCAGGAGCGGGCGACCCAAAAACGAAUAAGGGCACAACGGAGCGCAUUGGUAGAGAUCACGUCGGCCCAUGCGGCGAAGCGCGAAAUCGGCAUUAAGAGGAUACUGAAGAAGCGCCAUAAAAGGGAAUCUAGGGUUGCGGCGUCGGACACGAUCAUCAAGCGACCAAAACUGGAGGUCUUUGUGAUUUGUUGUAGGCACCUGCCGAAGAUGGACAUGUUCGGUCGGGCCGACGGGUACGUCGUAGUGACUGUUGGAGAUGUAGAACAGAAGACGAAAGUUAUUACAAGGAACUACAAUCCAGUCUACCAACAAAAGUUCAUCUUUGACGUGCCGCCAUUGACGGACGAACUGACGAUGGAGGUCUUCGACUGGGACAUGGUCGGCAGUGACGACUUCAUCGGGAUGAUUAGUGAACCACUACUCUCAGCUCAGACUAAGUCAGAGGAAGUCAUCCGGAAGGUCUUGGUGAACGACGAACGAAAGUUCAAGCGCGAGGCCUGCGUCAAGUUUAAGCUGCGGUGGCUCCCGGAAGAUUAUGAUGAGGCGCAAGAGGCGAUCCAGCGAGGGUCGCGGAAGUCGCUCGACUCGAACCAGCGAUCUUCGAGGGUGUCCUUCGACGAUGAUGGAUUGCCCACGAAGAUCCCUCGGUCCCAACGGCCCUGGAAGUGCCAGCGCUGCAAGUUUAGUGAGAAUCCUCCCACGGCUCAAGCGUGCGAGGCGUGUGAAAGGAACCGCAAGGAGGCCGAAGUUCCCAUCCGGUCGUCCUUCGAGAUCCUGGCGAACUUCUUUGGCUUUUAUAGGACGAAGUCGCGAGAUUCGCGGGGAUCCAUGUCGUCGCGCUGGUCACGUUCAUCAAGGGGCUCGAUCGACAGCGUCCACCCCGACAGCGACGAGGAGGACGAGAAUGCAGAACCGGAGGAGACGGAGGAGCAACUCAAGGCCAGGUUAAGGAAGGAGGCGAACCUCCGCCAGUACUCCAGGAGUGCGGAAGAAAGAGAAAGGGCCGCGCAGGGCGCCAUCAGCGACAUGUUCGAGCUCGCCGAGGAGGACGAGAAGACGCGCAAGAAGCGUAGAUAUAGGGAAGCGAGGAUCGCGGCGGGCAAGGACCCGGACAAGCAGGACGCGGAUGAUUUGCAGAAGGCGAUCCAAGAGCGGAAGGAGAAGGCGGCGAAGGGCCUGUCCGCGGUGAAGCAGAAGUUCCGGAAGGCCGUGUUGGGCACGGGCGUCGCGCUCGUGGCCUUCGCGAACGACAUGAAGGACGCGAUGUGGAAGGAGGACGCGUUCUAACUUAUGUGUUUUUGUGUAC